AUGGGGUCUCUGCUCCCCCUCUCGCUGCUGCUUUUGCUGGCGGCCGCCUAUCCGGGAGGCGGAAGGGCGCACCCGCGCCGGAGAGCGCGGGUGCAGGGCCCGGGAGGAAGCUCCCCGGCGCCCUCGGAGACCCCAACUAGGUUCUGGGUGCGCCUAAGGCCGGAGUUCAAGGAGGUGCAGCCGGGGGGCUCCGUGUGGCUCAACUGCAGCACUAGCUGCCCCCUGCCGGAGUACUCCAGCCUCAGCACUCAGCUGCCGCGGGGCCAAACGCACAGUGGGCCCGGCUGGGUAUCCUACCAGCUGUUGGACGUGAGAGCCUGGAGCUCCGAGGUGCGCUGCUUCGUCACCUGCGCAGGAGAAACACGGUGGGCCACGGCCAAGAUCACCGCCUACAAGCGGCCGCGAAGCGUGAUCCUGGAGCCUCCGCUCUUGGUGGGCAGCGAGUACACUCUGCGCUGCCACGUGACGCACGUGUUCCCCGUGGGCUUCCUGGUGGUGACUCUGAGGCGCGGCGGCCGGGUCAUCUACUCUGAGAACCUGAGGCGCUACAACGGCUCUGAUCUGGCCAACGUGACGCUGACUUACACGGCGCCCGCCAGGCUCCGCGACUUCUGGAAACCGGUGACCUGCCACGCACGCCUCAAUCUUGAUGGCCUGGUGGUCCGCAGCAGCUCGGCACCCAUAACGCUGAGUGGCCUCGCUUGGCGCCCCGCGUCCAAAGCCCUGGCCUCCAGCUCCAUCGCGGCCCUUGUGGGGAUCCUUCUCGUCGUGGGGGCCGUCUACCUGCGACACUGGCCAUUGGUGCACAACCAGAGUAAAGAGAACAGGGUCUCUGCCGGCUGA